UGACACAGUCCGAAGAGAGGCCAUGAGACGUUCAGCCAUCAGUGUAUCCAAAGACCUUCGCUUACUGAUGACGAAAAGAAAUAUGUCCUCUAUGUACGUUGCUCUUCCCAACUAUGCAAUGGAAUACAAAAACCUGUUCCAAGAGAGGCUUAAUAAUGUUUUGACGAGGAAGGAUUUAGUAACCAUGCCAACCAUUUCUGCCAUGGAGGAUGACAACUAUAUGAUGUCACUAGUGGAACAGGAAUUAUGUACACGUGCUGAGUUAUUUGUCGGAUGGGUUUAUUCUUACUGGUCGCAAAUGGUGAUUUUUCAAAGAAAUCUUAGUUCACGAGAAUCAAUAAAUAUUAAACAAUUACCCGGAUGGGACACUGAAGGACUUCAUCUGGUAAAACGAAGGAAGAAGUAGAGCUACACUUUUUUUAAUAAUUAUCAUUUCUUGUUACAAGAUGAAUUUUGACAAGUGAUUCUGCAAGUGUGCGGGCAUGCUCACACUUAGAUGCCAGUAUGCAUAAUUUGUUCAUGAAUUAUUUUUAAAUGGUUAGAACAAUGAAAUUCAUUCAUUUCCUUCUUCAAAUAUAAUUAACUUUAUCGUUAACUAAAUAAACUAAUUCGCAUCGACAAACUUCAUUUACAAUAAUAGACCUACCUUAACAAACACCCAAAUACGGACUUCAUC